AUGGGGACUGAAAACUAUACAACUGUGACAGAGUUCAUUAUUUUGGGGUUAACAGAGGAUACUACAAUUUGUGUCAUUUUAUUUAUUGUGUUUCUAGGAAUCUACAUUGUCACCUUAAUGGGCAAUGUCAGCAUAAUCAUGAUAAUCAGAAGCAGCCCACAACUUUAUGCCCCAAUGUAUCUUUUCCUCUGCCAUUUGGCCUUUGUAGACAUUGGUUACUCCUCAUCAGUCACACCUGUUACGCUCAUGGACUUCCUCAGGGAAGAAACCUCUAUCUGUGUUGCUGGUUGUGUAGCCCAACUCUAUUCUACAGUCACAUUUGGGAUAGCUGAGUGCUUUCUGCUGGCUGUCAUGGCCUAUGACCACUAUGUGGCCAUCUGCUCUCCACUGCUCUACUCCACCUACAUGUCCCUCAGAAUUUGUAUUUUCUUAGUAGGGAUUUGCGACCUAGGUGGAUAUGUGAAUGCUUGGACAUUUACUGGCUGUUUAUUAAGUCUAUCCUUCUGUGGACCAAAUAAAAUCAAUCACUUUUUCUGUGACUAUUCACCACUUCUGAAGCUUUCCUCUUCUCAUGAUUUUACUUCUGAAAUAAUUCCAGCCAUUUCUUCCAGCCCCAUCAUUGUGGUCACUGUGUUUAUCAUUGUUCUGUCUUAUGUCUAUAUCCUUUUCUCAAUCCUGAAGAUCCACUCCACCAAGCGGAGCCACCAAGCCUUCUCCACCUGCACCUCCCACCUCACAGCAGUCACUCUCUUCUAUGGGACCAUUGCAUUCAUUUAUGUGAUGCCCAAGUCCAGCUACUCAACUGAACAAAACAAAGUGGUGUCUGUGUUCUACAUGGUGGUGAUCCCGAUGUUGAACCCCCUUAUCUACAGUCUGAGGAACAAGGAGGUUAAAGAGGCCAUGAGAAAAUUGGUAGAACAUAUUGGUGGUACUAAAGUAGUCUGA